AUGGACCAGGUACGUCAGUUGAAGUGUAUAAAGAGGGAGGUUUUGCAAGCGGCUCUCCAUUUUGUACCCAAUGUGGUCAUCGAUGAUGCACUUGGAAGUGUUUGUCUCACGGGAGGAGAAUGGACAGAGACAAUAAUCGGAGGAACUGACAAAGGGAUAAAAGAAGACCGAUGGAUAACAAGGCCUCGCAUUCCAAACUUGACAAAGAAUGAAAUGAUAGAAGCAAAAGCCUCAAAGACUCAACUAUGGGAUGACCAAGCCCGCUACACCAUUGAUGGGGUGAAAACCCAUGCAUGGGAAGAUGUAAGAAAGGUUGUACUGAGGGAAAAUUUAGUUCUUGCGUUGUUUAGGGAUGAGUAUAUACUUUUGCAUGAGGAAUAUCAAUUAUAUGUUUUGCCCCGGGUCUUGGAAUCAAAGAAGAUGGCAAAAUCUGGACGUACAAAACAGAAAGAAGCAGACCUGGAGUAUAGUAUUGCAAAGCAGGAUUGA